AAAUGUAUGGAUUGAUAGUAAGAAAUACAUAAGAAGGUUACAGAAUGUGAUAGUGUAACUUCUGCAACUAGCAGUGUGGAACAAAAUGAGGGUUCUGCUAUUUGUACGUUUUGUAAAAUGUGUAUUUUUUAGCAUUUUGUGGGAAAGUAUUAUGUGCUUUCUAUUAAAUGUUGCUGGCAAAUGGUUGUGAGACACAUCAGCAGACUUAAACACACAGGUAAUAACCUUCCCCUGGUUUUACUCUCUUUGCCGAUACUUACCUUUCCAUAGUAACAUUUGAAAGAUUUUUCUAUAAACUUUUGUUUAGGGAAGAAAGUUUACUCUGCCACUUCUUCAGUCUGUAUAUGCCAAGCAGUGCAUUUUGAAAAGGAAGGGAAAGUGGCAUAGUUGUCUGCUUGACAGGCUAAACGGAAAUUUUUUUAACAGCUAUAAAAAAAAACCCCAUUGUAAAACAUGUAGUUUAUAAAUCAAAGCUUCAGAGGGAGAUCUUUAUCAAAGCACUUUAUUGACAUAAACACUUCAAUCUUAAGCAUGGCCAGAAGACUGAAAUAUUUUUUUUUAACAGUUCCCAGUGUGUGGUACACAAGAAAUAUUACCAUUAAAGUGUGAAGUUCUUCCAUUAAGAGUUUAGUUGCAUCUUUAGAUACAAAGCUGCUGAGCUGCUUCCCUGCCACUUGUGAAAUCAGGGGAUAAACAGCCUUCAGAAGUUUCAGCUUGUUGGUACUAGGCAGCAGUGGCAGUAUGGGAGCAGCUGGGAAGAGGGAGCAGGACUGUGUGGACAGGCCCAGGUAUGCGCGCUGCGCUGGAAGCCCAGAUGCACCGUGUCGGUCCGCAGGCUCAAACACACGGCAGGUUACUCCAGUGCACAACACGCCAGCUGCCCUAGGGAGCUCCCCGUGCAGUGUCUGCAGACUGAGAGUAGUGAAUGCCAUUCAGCCACCCCUGGAAGGCUCUGCCCGGAGCCUAGGAAUGUGAAACAGAUGUCUGCUUCUGGCAUUGUUCCUGGACUUGAAUGAGGCUGUUUGUAUUCAACACAGCUGCUCUAAACAGUCAUAGUUUCUGAUGGAAUGUGUCCUAUUAGAAAGCAUUCCAGAGGCUAAAUUUAGGGGUAGCUUUUUGGAAAAAUAAGUCUGAAAAGAAGUAUUUGUAACAAAUUAAUGUGUUCUUCUCCCACUUAAUCUCCAUAUAGCAGGAGCCCAGGUAAUGAUCAUUAAAACCAGGGAAUGGAAGACUUGCUAGAACUGAUGGUACAUUAUCAUUCAGCAAAUAUCCAAGCUAAGGGAGCCCUGUACAGGAGGAGCUGUGAUCUUCAGCAAAGUGGUUGUCCUUACUGUUGUUUCUAUCAUCUCAUAACAUCCACAUCACUUGAAGAAAUAUGCCAGAUAUAAUGUAAUAGAAUGCUCCAUCCUUAAACAUCAGAAGCCAGACCUUCCCUUUGAUAUCCCACAAUAGUCCCUUUACUGGAAAGUCAUCCCCCAACUACAAACAAUUUCUCUGAGAAGGUAGAUGGUGCAAAGUGGACUCGCAGGGUUACUGUGUACAGUGUGCUUCACAAGUCAGGUGCUAACAUCCCAAUAAAUUAUUUAACACUAUUAUUAUGUAGUGGUGAAAGCCCAGCGGAGAUACAACAAAGCAUAAAUUACUGAUCUGUUCUCUAUUUGGAGUGCAGGUUGAAGCAAUCUGUUGGCAGCUUAGUCAUCCUUCUGUUUUCCCCCUGGUACAUAUUUGCAUUCCUUUCUUCCCCAAAAUCUGUGAGGGCAAAACUUAUUUUCUAUUAAAAAACCCCAGAAGACAAAAUCAGUCAACCAAGCAUGUUGCCUUUGUGCUGCCUGCAUGCACUGCCAUGGCUGAAGUUUCAUUUGUGGUGUGGAUGUUGGAAAUGUCAGAACUAAUCAGUUCAGUGAUUCAGCAAGAGAAGCAGAGAUGAGAGAUACUGUUAACAGCUGGGUCAUUCUGCUCGCUUCCCGAUCCAACAUGAAUAUUGUCUUUAUUUACAGUUUCAUUCAUACAUCCAAACAAGCACUGAUCAUUCAAGGGAUGCUAAGCCAAAUAAGCAGCCUAAGGCUUUCUGCAGUUGGCUUUCCGCAGAAGCCCUCUGAAAUUGGGUGCCUCAUUUCUGAAAUGGGAAGGUUUGGAUUUGUUUCUGUCCUGUUUUGCUGUGUGACUUUCAAUGACUCCCUUUGCUCACCACUACCUUGGUUUCCUCAGCUGCUCAACACAGACUAGACUGGACUACUAGGCUGUGGUCUACAUAGUGUUCACAAGCUUCAACAUUUUUUAAAUAGCAUCUGAGACCCUCCAAGAGAAAAUACUACUGAAACAUAAGGCAUUACCAUCAAACGGGACAGAAUGGUGCUGAGCCAGAAGUGACUAUUACACUUGGACGGCUCAAAGGGAGACAAACAAAUGUGAAGGGGACAGACAGACUUGUAAAUGUCUUCCUUGGGAUUCCUUUUGCAAAAGCCCCUGUUGGAUCCUUGAGGUUUUCUCCACCUGAACCACCUGAACCCUGGAAUGAUCUGAGAGAUGCAACUUCUUACCCACCACUAUGUCCUCAAGAUCUGUCCAUGCUGAAAACAGCUGAAAAAAACUUUAAAGAAAAACACCUUCCAUUCAGAACUUCUGAGGACUGUUUGUAUCUAAAUGUUUACAGCCCUGCUGGUUCAAACAAGAAGGACAAGUUACCUGUAAUGGUGUGGAUCCAUGGAGGCAAUUUUAUAUUUGGUGGUGCUUCUAGGUACGAUGGUUCUGCACUAUCAGCUUACGAGAAUAUUGUGGUAGUAAUAAUUCAAUACAGACUUGGACUCCUUGGAUUCUUCAGUACUGGUGAUGAACAUGCUCGUGGAAACUGGGCAUUUUUGGAUCAAGUAGCAGCUCUUCGGUGGAUCCAAGAAAAUAUUGAACCCUUUGGUGGAGAUCCAGGAUCUGUCACGCUCUUUGGUGUAUCUGCAGGAUCUUGCUCUGUUUUUGCACAUGUUUUAUCUCCUUUGUCUAAGGGUCUCUUUCAUAAAGCAAUAUCAGAGAGUGGAAUUAUAAUCCCCCCUGAUAAAGAUUUACUUCGUUCAACAGAUCUUAAGAAAAUUGCAAGUGUAUUUAAGUGUGAGACGAGUAGUUCACUCCCCCUGAUAAACUGCUUAAGGAACCAGGAAGCAAAGGAUAUAGUCUUCAAUGGUGCGGAAAUGCCAUUUCUACCCUUAGUUUUGGAUGGAGUAUUUCUUCACAAGUCACCUGAAGAGAUACUGGCUGGAAAAGAAUUUAAUGCAGUCCCAUUUAUGAUAGGAGUCACCAACAAUGAAUUUGGCUGGAAUAUUAGAUCUACAUCAACAAUACCAGGGUUGAAGGAAAUAGGAGAUAAAAAAUCAAUCACUUCAACUUUAGAGUUUUUCCUGCCAAUGUUGUAUGUACCAUCAGAGUUCCUGCCUGUGAUAGUGGAUGAAUAUCUAGGAAACACAGAUGAUCCUGCUGAGCUACGGGACCGAUUUCUGGACUUGCUAGGGGAUGCACUAAUCGUUAUGCCAUCCAUUAAAGCACUGAAUUAUCACAGGGAGUCUGGAGCUCCUGCCUACUUCUUUGAGUAUCAGCAUCGGCCCACUUCAUACUGGGAUAGUAAACCAGAGUAUGUGAAAGCUGAUCAUGGAGAUGAAGUUGGCUUUGUCUUUGGAGGACCAUAUCUGGCUGGUGAUAUUCAGCUACGCAGUGAAGUUACAGACGAAGAAAAGAACCUUAGUAGAACCCUAAUGAAGUACUGGGCUAACUUUGCUCGAAAUGGAAAUCCUAAUGGAGAGGGUUUGGUUGAAUGGCCAUCUUACAACCUAAAUGAAGAAUACUUAGAGAUAAAUCUAAAACAAAAGAAAUCCAGAAAGUUGAAAGAAAGGAAGGUAGAAUUCUGGAGAAAGAUGUUUGAAAAGACAAAUAACAAAAGAAUGGAAAACAAGGUUAAUUCAGAGUUAUAAUGUACAGUAUGAACAUGCACAUAAUAUGUAAGCUAUUAGGAUAGUGAAAGAACCUACUUAAAGUAAUUUUGAGGAUAAAAUUAUGUUUCUGUUCUUUUCACCUUUUCUUCACAGUUGACAUAUUUACAAUUAUUCACUGUGAUAAUUCCAGUUGAUCUGUUUCCCCUCUGUGAUUCUUUACUUUUUCCUAUAUUCAUUUCUACAAUAGAAGCCUCAUUUAUUUAAUACAGG